AUGGGCAACGCCAAGAGCGAACCCUCACAGAGGGAGAGAGAGUCCAGUGCGCUCCAGGGAACUGAGGACACCGCUACAGCCCUCCAACGGCUCGUGGAGCUGACAGCCACCAGGGUGACCAGAGUGAGGAAUCUCCGUGUCCUGUACCGCCUCACCCGAGAGCUCGGCUCCGGCUCCUAUGGCCGUGUACUCCUUGCCCGGCCUCGCCAAGGAGGUCCUGCUGUGGCUCUGAAGCUCUUGCGUCGGGACUCGGUCCUGAGAACCACCUUCCUGAGAGAGUUCUGUGUGGGCCGCUGUGUCUCGUCACACCCAGGCUUACUCCAGACCCUGGCAGGACCGCUGCAAACCCCCCGACACUUUGCCUUCGCCCAGGAGUACGCGCCAUAUGGGGAUCUCAGCGGGAUGCUGAAGGAACGGGGCCUCCCAGAGCUGCUGGUGAAGCGGGUGAUGGCCCAGCUGGCCGGAGCCCUGGACUUCCUCCAUGGCCGGGGGCUGGUCCACGCGGAUGUCAAACCAGACAACGUGCUGGUCUUUGACCCCGUCUGCAGCCGUGUGGCCCUAGGUGACUUGGGUCUGACCCGGCCUGAGGGCAGUCCAACUCCUGCCCCACCAGGGCCACUGCCCUCCGCCCCACCCGAGCUCUGCCUCCUACUGCCUCCUGACACCCUGCCACUGCGGCCAGCAUUGGACUCCUGGGGCCUGGGGGUGCUUCUCUUCUGCGCUGCCACUGCCUGUUUCCCUUGGGAUGUGGCACUGGCCCCUGACCCUGAGUUUGAGGCCUUUGCUGGCUGGAUGACCACCAGGCCCCAACCCCCUCAGCCACCCCCACCUUGGGACCAGUUUGCACCUCCAGCUCUGGCAUUGUUCCAGGGGCUCCUAGACCUGGAUCCUGACACUAGGAGCCCCCCACUGGUUGUCCUGGACUUCUUGGGGGAUGACUGGGGGUUAGAGAGGAACAGAGAGGGACCUGGGAGCUUGGAGGGCAUGUCUAGCGAAGAUGGGGAGGAGGAGGAAGAGAGGGGAGCAAGCCUGGAGGAGUGGACAGACGAGGAGGAAGACAAAGAUGGCAGGAAGACGGAGACAGAUGGGGGAGCUCCCUGACCAGGUGACUGAGACAGGUGGUCAGAGCCUGGGCCAAAGGCCC